AUGGCAAGUGUCGAGCCCGCUGCUCCGCCGUCUGUGUCUGUCGCCACUACUGCCAAGUCUGCUCUCUCGCCGUCGGAAACACCGCCAGAAGCCGGUGGCGGCGGCGGUGGUGGCAUGGCUUACGGCUCCAGUUCGCCCUCAGCUAUUCUGAUGUCUGCGAAGAAACCGGUGCCACCGCAUCAACCCAUGGAGACAACGACGACGACGGCAACGCCGACUCCUGAAUCCGCCUGUUCCUUGCUCAACCCCACAGAGGUCAGUUUGAAACCGGAAAAUCCCUCCACUGUUGGAAGUAUCGCAGCCUCGCCGCUCAAACGACCGCGUCACAAACCCGGCGAACGCAAAGAACUUCUUCUAAUGGCUGUGAACGACGUGAUUGAGCACAAUAUCUCCAUGCGCAAGGCGGCGUCGCGCUACAACCUCGCCAAAUCGUCGUUGUGUGACUUUGUACGAAAGAACGGCAUCAAAUUGCCGAACAAUCGAUGCAAACCCUCCUCCUCAUCGUCGUCUGCUGCGGCGGCGGCGGCGUCAGCAUCGGGUGGUGCCAGCACCGACCACCAGGCAGGGCAUUCCCGUGCGGAGAGGGGUGAGAUGCCGGCACUGUUCGGUCUGCCCGCGGAGACGAUGAACCUGCUGAGAGCGCAGCACGCGGCAACGCCGCCAGCGGCCGCUACCUCCUUCUCCCGACUCCAGAGCCCCUGGAACAACGUCUCCGGUUUGCCAACUCAGGUACCCAUGCAGAACUGGAGUUCGCAGCUGUCAGCCGCAAAGUCCCUCUCAGCAACAGUUCCGCAUUCUUCAGCUGCGCCGUCGCCAAAGCAGUCCGAUUCGAUGGUUGUCAACGCCGAGUCGAAUUCGCCGUCAAGCGCGUCGUCGUUGGUCGCCAACAAUGGCAGUCACCACCAGUUGCCGGCGACAAGCGUGUUCGCCCCCUCCUCGUUCAUCUGCACGCCAGUGAGUGCGGAGGCGCUCGACAGCAUCGCCACCACGACACCCUUUUUCCCGCCAGCCGCACCACCAAGCAUCACUGUGACCCACUUUCCCGCGCCCAACACCCACGUCCUGCCGGCGGCCACAGGAAGCGCCAGUGACCCGGCCAUCCCGACCCCUCUCUCACGCUCCCUCGCCUCCAUUUACGCGCCCACCGCCCUUCCCACAUCCGCCGCCUCCUCCCAAAUACCACUCGUCUUUCCGGCCAAUCCCGUCUGCUCCUCCGACCCCAGCGUUGUGGACAGCCUCCAGAGCAUCAUCCUGGCCGCGGCACGCGGCGACGGCAAGCAGCUGCUCUCCGCGAACCUCGGCGACCUCCUCAACCUCCCGAUGAACUUCCCGCCGGACGCCGCCUCCUGUCUGCCCACUCCUGCGGAAGUUCUUCUGCGCAAACUGCAAAUCCCCAACUGCCUCAAUUCGCUCAUUGGCGGUGCCGCACAGGCCGUCUCCCAGACGUCUACUACCGCACCUAGCAGUAGUAGCAGUAGUAGUGUCAUGGCACGACUGCCUCAAAGUCCAAUGUCUCACGCCAAGGAACUCAUCAACUUCAUCAAUAAGUCGCCUUCGCCCUUUCAUGGCGUUGGGCGGCGGUCGGUGACGUGGACGAGGUUGGCGCCACCUCCUCUUCGGGCUAGAAGCGUCAGUCUGUCACCUGUAGGUGCAAUUUACGGUGGACUGGAGUGUGGGGACAUCUUCGUGGUUCCACAGGGACUGUUUGAGGUGAACUGGUCAUCCGGUGACCUCGUUCUGUGCAUACCACCAUCUUCUCGUGUGCGCACACAAGCGCUUCUGUCCGCGUGUCCCGUUCUCACCUUCUGGCUUCUCUUCUGUCGCGUGUCCCCUCUCCUCGCCUCCCAGUCAGCCACACCUUGGUCGUCGGUGCCUUUUUGGACAGACGAACAGCAACCCGGUGUCCGCUGUUGUUUCGGUGUGGUCGUCCGAUCGGCUUGCGAGAUCCUGGCCAACAACGGGUUCAGAGAGUUGCUAGAGUACGAGCCGUGGAAACUGGAGCCGAACGACUGCGUCUUCGUGACCAAGAACCACUCUUCGCUGUUCGCUGUGGCAGUUGGUGGCGCGUACAAGCCGGGCGAGGGCUUCGGGAUAAUCGGCGCGCACACCGACAGCCCCUGCCUCCGGCUGAAGCCCAUCUCGGAGCGCACCAGCGAGGGCUUCGUGGAGCUUGCUGUGCAGACGUACGGUGGCGGCCUCUGGUACACCUGGUUCGACCGCGAACUCACCCUCGCCGGUCGAUGCCUCGUGCGCAACCCCACCACCGGCGCGCUGGAGCAGCGUCUGGUCCAUAUCGCUCGUCCGCUGGCGUGUGUGCCCAGUCUGGCGAUUCAUCUGAAUCGAGAGGUGAACAAGAGCUUUGCGCCCAACCCGGAGGUCCACUUGGCUCCCAUCUUGUGUACCACCCUUACUGAGCAGCUGCACUCCUCAGCUGGCGAUAUCGACGGUCUGAAGGAGUCCGGAGCUUCAAGGCACCCCGCCAGCCUGCUUCGUCUGAUAGCCGCUGAGUUGCAGUGCGCGCCCUCGGACCUGGUGGAGCUCGAACUCUACCUGGCGGACACCCAGCCGGCGAGGAUCGGCGGCAUCCACGAGGAGUUCAUCCACGCGCCGCGCCUAGACAACCAGUUCUGCUCGUACACCUCUAUCCAGGCCCUGGUGAACUCGCUGCCCAGUCUGAAGGAGGACUCUUACGUGCGCGUGGUGUGCCUCUACGACCACGAGGAGAUCGGAUCGCGGAGCACGCAGGGAGCCAACUCCUUGUUCACUGAGAGCCUCUUCCGUCGCAUCACCGACGCCCUCUCGGUGGAGGCGGAGGGUGGUGGUGGUGGUGGUGUCAACACCGCCGCCUCCUGUCUCUUUGAGCGGACCAUGGCGCGCUCGUUCAUCCUGUCCGCUGACCAGGCCCACGCCGUGCACCCCUCGUGGCCGGAGAAGCACGAACCCGCGCACAAGCCCACCUUCCACCACGGCAUCGUGCUGAAACACCACUGCUCGCAGAACUACGCCACCAACGGACUCACCUCGGCCAUUGUCAAAGAGGUCGCCAGACGCUGUCAGGUGCCGCUUCAGGAGUUUGUGAUUCGCCAGGACCAGAUGUGUGGCAGCACCAUCGGGCCGAUCGUGGCGUCGCACCUGGGCGUGAUGACGGCAGACGUCGGUGGCGCCCAGCUGGCGAUGCACUCGUGCCGCGAGAUGACCUGCACCACGAGUGUCGGCCACGCCAUCGCCUUCUUCACGGGCUUCUUUGAACACCUUCCAAGCAUUCUGGCCGGUGUGUCGUUCAAGUGA